GUGAUCGCAAGACACGCGCAGCACGGUGUGACGUUACGUCCCUGGCGACGACACCAAGCCCUGUACAGACGAAGCAUGGCGAACAGGGGAAAGCUCCGGUGUUCGCAAGCGGAAUCAAGGUUUCUGCAGACCGCAGCUCCCAGCAGCGCGGGAUGCGGGCGACGGCCAAGGGCCUGGGCUUAAAACUACAGCGAGGCUCCACCGAUUGUAGAGAGAUCCUCGGCCUAUUACCGCACGCUAGCAACCCCCAGUCUGCUUUAUCAACCGUACAUGCGAGGUUUUUUCUUUCCUCAAGCUCCUGGGCGUUGCGACACAAGCCUCGCGAUCCUCCUCUCACGCAGCACUACCCUUGCGCCUUUCGUCAGCCGAACACGACAUAUAUCGCCGGUCGAGCGCAGCACAUGCACUUCGUCGCACGGUUCUUUUGCCUUCUUCUCAAAGACCUUCGCUAGGGAUAUCUAGUGUUGGUGUUGCAAUUGAACGUAAUGGCUUCAACUGGUGUCGACUAUGUAGGCCCUCACGACUACGAGAAAGCUGGGAAGAUCGACCCUGAGAACAAUGGCUUGCCUGGUUACCGCCGCGAAUCCAUUGUCUCCGUGAAGACGGUCCGCGAUUCGACCCAUCGCAAGCUCAAGCCCCGCCAUAUUCAGCUCAUUGGUAUUGGUGGAACGAUUGGCACCGCGCUCUAUGUGCAGAUUGGCAGAGGGUUGAUGAACGGCGGUCCUGGGAGCUUGUUCCUCGCUUUCUCGAUAUGGUGCACAUUUAUCCUGGCCGUUACCCUAUGCAUGGCUGAAAUGGUGUCCUACUUGCCUAUCUCUUCGCCCUUCAUUCGAUUCGCUGGGCGCUAUGUAGACGAAGCCUUUGGCUUCGCUGCAGGCUGGAACUUCUUCAUCUUUGAAGCAGCAUUGGUGCCGUUCGAGAUUGUAGCAUGCAACCUGAUCAUCCAUUUCUGGAGUGAUAUUGUGCCUACGGGGGCUAUCAUUGCCAUCAUCCUAUUUCUUUAUGGCUUGAUCAAUCUGAUGGCCGUCAAGUGGUAUGGCGAAACCGAGUUUUGGGCAGCUUUGGGGAAAGUCCUUCUCAUCAUUGGCCUCAUCAUCUUCACCUUCAUCUCUAUGCUCGGCGGCAACCCCAUCAAAGACCGCUACGGCUUUCGCUACUGGAAGAAUCCCGGUUCCUUCGCCGAACUCUAUCGUGAAGGCAACCUCGGCCGCUUCCUAGGCUUCCUGCAGUGCCUCAUCCAAGCCUCGUUCACAAUUGCCGGCCCAGAUUACGUGUCCAUGGCAGCCGGUGAGGCCGAAAACCCACGCAAGAUCAUGCCCCGAGCGUACAAAGCCGUCUUCUACCGCCUCACCGCGUUCUUCGUCCUCGGCAGUCUCUGCGUGGGCAUCAACGUGCCGUACAACGACCCAGAGCUCAAAGCUGCAUUCAAGGAUGGCAAGCCCGGCGCAGCAGCAAGUCCAUACGUCGUCGCCAUGAACCGUCUCCGCAUCGAGGGCCUUCCGCACAUCGUCAACGCGAUGGUUCUCGGCGCUGCUUUCUCUGCCGGAAACUCCUACGUCUACUGCGCGUCGCGGUCGCUCUAUGGGCUCGCGCUCGAGGGCAAGGCGCCCAAGUUCAUGACCAAGUGCACGAAGAACGGUGUGCCGUUUUACUGCGUUGCUGUGGUGCUGGUCUUCGCGUGUCUGGCGUUCCUCAACCUGGGCAAUAACUCGGCAGUCGUGCUGGACUGGUUCGUCGCGCUCGUCACAGCGUCGCAGCUCAUCAACUUCAGCGUAAUGUGCUUCACGUUCCUUGCAUUCUAUAAGGCGUGCCACGUGCAGGGGCUGGAUCGGAAUACGCUCCCGUUCAAGGCGCCGCUUAUGCCGUUUGCGGCGUACUACGGUCUUGUGGGCACGUUUAUCAUGGCAUUUGUGGGUGGGUAUACCGUGUUCAUUGACGAUAACUGGAAUGUGCCAGAUUUCUUAUUUGCCUACAUGAUGAUCUUCAUCUUCCCCGUCUUGUACAUUGGCUGGAAGCUCAUUCACAAGACCAAGUACAAGAAAGCGCAUGAAGUCGACCUGCAGGAAGAUCUUGAGGAAAUCGAGGAGUACACACGGAACUAUGUGGAGGUCCAGGAUCAGAACAAGUUCAACCAGUGGAUGGAUAAGAUCUUUGGCUAAGAAGGUGGUCGGUAGAAAUGUAGGGGAUCAUUCUAAGCCUUGCAAUGAUGGAUGUAUGAGAUUAUACAAAUAAGAGCAUCAUGCGGGCCGUCAGCAGAUAGGCUGGCUCAUGGGCAGUUAGAAUGGUGAACGAAAUACUGCUCGCUCCGAGCGAAGAG